UCGGCCGGCGGCCUGGCCCGGCCCGGCCCGGCCUGGCCUCACUGGGGCGGCUGAGGUCCCCGAGGCAGGAAGGCGCCGGAACAAUAUGUUGGACUUUGUGUUUGCUGUGGAUGAUUCUGUGACUUGGCACAUGAUGAACUUGUUAAAGAAUAAGAGUCAUUAUUCCUUCCUAAAAUUUUUGGGGCCAAAACAAAUAAGUAAUAUACAGAACUGUGGAGCUGGAAUUUACUACAACACUUUAGUGCCUUUUCAUGGUAGGACGAUAAAAUAUGGUGUCAUUGGCACAAAGUUCUUGAUUGAAGAUUUGCUUCACUGGAAAACUCUCUAUGUUGCUGGACGCCUACAAAAGCCGGUGAAAAUUCUGACCCAAAAUGAGAACGGCAAGCUGCAAGCUGCCCUUGUUAGCAAUUUGAAGAGUGCAGUCACAGCAGCCUUUCUCAUGUUGCCAGAAAGUUUCUCUGAAGAAGAUCUCUAUAUGCAGAUUGCAGGACUUUCCUACUCUGGUGAUUUCAGAAUGAUAAUUGGAGAAGAUGGGUUAAAGGUGCAGAACAUAGUGAAACCUAAUGUGCCCCAUUUUCAGAAGCUCUAUGCUAACAUAUUACAGGACUGCCCUCAGGUAGUAUAUAAGCAUCAGCUUGGAAGGCUGGAGAUUGAUAAAAGUCCAGAAGGUCAAUUCACACAAUUAAUGGCUUUGCCCAGGACGCUGCAACAAAAGAUAACUACUCUUGUAGACCCUCCUGGCAAGAACCGAGACGUGGAAGAGAUUUUACUGCAAGUUGCCCAUGACCCUGACUGUGGAUUAGUGGUACACCAGGGCAUUUCAGGAAUUGUGAGGUCUUCCAGUUUAGUGCAAAGUGCUAAAACCAUUCUAACAGCUGGGCUGAAGAAGUCAGUGACUUACAGUAUGAGGAAAAUGUAUAAAAUGACGAAAGGAUGGCUAAGGAAAACAUCCUAAUUGAGUUUUGUAUUUGCUGUGCAUUGGGCCCAGUCUGAAAAAGUGCUGAGCCAUCUUUAACUCCUGUUUAAAGACGGGGGUGCUCAUUACACCGGAAAAUUUUAUCCAUAGUCAA